UUGCUCUGUUUUUCUGUCUCUCUCUCUCACUCUAACGGAGGGGAGAGAGAGAGAGUCUCCCUCAUCUCAUCAGUCACUGAGUCAAGGCUCAAGACUACGCUUCCAAUUUCAAUUUCAGUUUCAAUUUUCAUCUCAAUUCCCAAAAUUCUAAAUCCCAAAAGCACCCGAAACCUUCUCCUAAAUUUCACCUCCCUCCCUUUUUCUUCUCCUUCCUUGGAAUUUUAGAAUCCUCUGUGUCAUUAUAAUGCCGAAAAUCUCUCCACUGCCCUCUUAAAAACCCCACCCUAAACCCUCUCCUCUUCGGCUCUUCCCCUCCCCUCCCCCUCCCCCACUUUCUUUCUCUCUCUCUCUCUCUCUCUCUCUUUCUCUGUUUCUACCCCUUUCCUCCGAUUCUAGACCCUUUCGCCGUUACGAUGGAGAAAAGAAUCAAAAAGGAAAAACUCGCCGCGCAAAUCACUGCCUCGUGGCCCGUGUCUUCGGCGGACGGCGGUGGUCGCCGCCUCCCGCAGCCGGGAACUGCGGUGCAAAGGCCCCUGCUUUUCGAAACCCAUUCUGACCAAACCCUAGAGGCCUCUUUUGCCCGGCUCGAUCUUUCGGCCUAUCCUCGCGGGCCUUCGUACACUCUGCCGAGCCGCCACGGCGGCGUUAAUGGCGGCGAGUCGGUGCUCGAAACCCCUGCCUUGGGUUACUCAAUCGGCGAUCGAGCUCUCUUGCCUCUUUCCUUACAUGGAAAGAGACAAACGAAUGGUGAGCUGCAGAGCUCGAGCUUGCGCGACGACGGCGUCGGUACUUUUGAGAACACGGGGUUGCCGGAUUAUGGGCGGUACCCAUUAAUGGUGAGGUCUGAUUUUGAGAGCUGGGAUGGUUAUGUGUUGGGUUCGAUCCCCAAUGAGUUACUGAGUGACCCAGACCCAAUUGGGCUUUUUGAUGGUUUGAUCUCGGAAGAAAGAACUAGUAACAGCUCCUCUAAUCACCAUCCUGGUCGUCUAAUGGCACAGGAUUUGGGAUUAGAUUACUUGCUAUUGAAGGAUUUGCAGGGACAAAUAGUUCCGUUAGCCAUGGAUCAAUACGGAUGCCGAUUUCUGCAGACGAAAUUCGAUGAUAUAAAGGAUGACGAAAUUGAGAUGAUUUUCUCGGAGGUUAUUGAUUAUGUGAGCAUCUUGAUGGUGGACCCAUUUGGGAAUUAUCUUUUCCAGAGGCUGGUGGAGGUGUGCAGUGAUGAACAGAGGACUCGGAUUGUUCUCUCGCUGACGAGGAACGAUUUUCAACUUGUCGCUAUUUGUCUAAACAUGCAUGGGACUCGUGCCGUGCAAAAACUAUUGGAUCGUCUCACCACAAAGCCACAAAUCUCCUUAGUUAUGUCUGUUCUAAGCCGCAGUGCUCUCUCUUUGUCCAAGGAUAAUAAUGGCCAUCAUGUGAUCAAGCAUUGCUUGGAGCGCUUCAACUAUGAAGACAAUAAGCAUCUUCUAAAUGAGGUAGCAGAUAAUUCUUUUGCAAUUGCAACAGAUAAAAGUGGGUGUUGUGUGCUGCAGUCAUGCAUUGAGCACUCACAGGGGGAAUGCAGAGAGCAUCUAGUGGCUGAGAUAACAGUAAAUGCACUACCACUGGCAGAAGAUCGUUAUGGGAACUAUGUUGUGCAAUAUCUACUUGAAAUGAAGAUAGCAAGAGUAAUUACGAAUCUUCUGAGACAGCUUAAAGGGAGUUAUGCGUCUCUCUCCUGCAAUAAAUAUGGUAGUAAUGUUGUGGAGAAGUGUCUGCUAGAAUCAAGAAGAGAGCAAUCUGAACAGAUUAUUCUUGAGUUGCUCAGAAGUCCAAAUGUCUCGAUGUUGCUGCUUGAUCCUUUUGGAAACUAUGUUAUUCAGACUGCAUUAUCCGUGUCAGAGGGAUUCGUUUCAAAUGCUCUACAGAAUCUUGUUCGAGUGCAUUACUCAUCUAUGCGCAACAAUCUAUAUGGGAAAAAGGUCCUAGCUUGGUUCGAGAAGCGGAAGCAGCUGCAAUACAUAUGCUGAAGUAACGAAGUAAAAGGGAGGAGGGGGGUGGGGGUUAACUUGAAUCAAAAAACUUCUCAACGCUCUUUAGGUUAGGUGGAGUGAAAAUGUUGUUUUCUAGCUUGUCUGUUGUGCCUUCUUUAAAGAUUAUCUUAGUUGUUGUUAGGAUGAUGUCUUACUGACAGUAUAAUUUAGAGUGUUCAUAGUUUUGUAGUCCUCUCCAUUGAUGUCGUGUCGGGGUUUUCCCAGAAUGAAAGAAUAGGUUGCUGCAAGAGUCGGUGAAGGCGAAUAAUCUGCAGCUGCUGCACAGGGGUUGGGUCAAAGUUGAAACACUGUCUUCUUAAUAUCUGUACAUUUUCUGAAGUCUUUCCCACUGUUGUUGCCGUGCAACUUGAGCACUGUAGAGAUUAAGCACUUCAUGGUUAAUGCCUUCAACUAUUUUGACGUUGUUGUGCAGUAUUGAGUGAGCUUUUGUUUCAAAAUGGGGACUGAUUUUGAAAGUGAAAAUAAAAAACCAGAAGGUUUCUCCCAAA